AUGGAGAAGUUCCGCCACUUUGGCGAUGCCGCCACUGGCAUUCACCCCUUCACCUUCGUGAUUGCCCCUACCUCCGCUGGUCGAAUAGCGUCCAUCUGCAUGUUUCCCAUACGUUUGCUCCUCAGCACUGUGUUUGUGCUUCUCCUGCUCGUAACAGACACUCUGCUGUGGGUUCUCCAUGCCGCCUAUCUCGGCCUGCUGGGUCGCCUCCUGCUUGCACCGCUGCAGCGAGCGUGGCUGCGUGGCCUGCUCUUCUUUAUCGGACACAUCCUUCCAGAGCAGCCAGCGGUGUUGGUAAAGCCUCAGCAAAAGAACGGCGAGGCGAGCUGCUCCUCCCGUGCAGUCCGUGCGGGUGACCUCGUGGUGUGCAACCUCCAGUCUGUGUGGGAUGCCUUGGUUCUCGAGGUGGUGCUCGCCCAGCCUUAUCACGCCAUUUGUUUCCCAGAUGCGACGACGACAGCAGAAGCGGGUGCCACCCCCGGUCUGCGCGUCUUCUGGCCUAGUCCCAUGCAGCGCUGGAAGGUGUGGGCCUACACCCGUCGCACUGGCUCCCUCGUCUUCCUCACAGCGCAGCAGCCGGGCAACGCUGAACAGCAGGCCAUCCAGAAGAAGACGGAGACGACGGAGUUGCCGCUCUACCGCGUGCAGAAGGCAGCGGCGCGUGCCGGAGUGCCGGUGUGGUGGUUCGGCGAGGGAACGUGCAGCAAUGGACGUGGCCUUCUGCUGAUGCCGACGGUAACGUGCAUGUCUGCCGCGCCCCACAAAGCAUCCGCAGAGUGUGUGGUGCACCUUGCCACGAUUCAGUACGACUCUCCUGCCCUGCAGAACGUGCUUGGCGACGAUAGUGAGGGCUUCUUCGAGGCGCUCUUCCGCACUGGAGUGCUUCUCUACGGAAGCACGACAUCGGCGUGGGCAAGCCCCUUCCUCACUUCCGCUGAAGUGACGUACCGCAGCGCGCGCCUUGCGCGCGCCACACCGUCAAUGGCGGCGGAGAGUAAAUCCACCGCGUCGGUGUGCUACUGGACGCUGUCCACACCGGCGCUUCUGGAGCUGCGCAACGUCAUGUGCCAGCGAGGGCAGACGCUCCUUGUGAGCGGCAGCGGUGGCGGCAUGCGCCGCCAGCCGCUGUCGGUUGGCAUGAACGAAAAAAAGGGCUUCAUCGAAGCGUACAGGGCGAUGCUGUACAGUGAGAAGAUGAGGUCGUCUGCAUGA